AUGACCUCCCAUCCGGAGUUCAAUGAGCGGACAACAGGCACCGAGGUCGCGAGUGUGUUUGCUGAUCAGAUUCGAGGAAGGACAAUCCUCGUCACAGGCGUCAGUCCAAAAGGAAUCGGGGCUGCCACAGCCUUUGCCUUCGCAUCGCAAGCGCCUGACCUCCUGAUCCUCGCAUCACGCACCAAAUCCAAGCUUGAAGCAGUUGGAGACCAAAUCCGCAACAAGUUUCCCGAUACGAGAGUGGAUCUGGUUACCUUGGAUCUCAGCUCCCAGAAAGCCAUUCGUGAAGCAGUGGCAGAAAUCACAACCUUGACCGACAAACUUGACAUACUAGUCAACAAUGCCGCCAUCAACGCUACUACUCGCCAGGCCACACCCGAAGGUCUCGAAAUGACUUUUGGCACCAACCACAUCGGCACCUUCCUGUUUACCAACCUGCUCCUGCCGCCACUGCGGAACGCGGCCAAGGCUAACCCAUCACCGGGUGCAACGCGCAUCAUCAGUCUUGCCAGUGCUGGACAUGGGCUAUCUCCCAUCCGAUUCAGCGAUUACAACUUCGAGCCGAAAGAGGUCCCGCCCGAGGAGGAUCAUUUCAAGCCUUUGCCUGGUUCCUUUGCCAGGUGUACCGAGGAUGGGUACAACGGCAUGGUCACGUAUGGGCAGUCGAAGACGGCUAACAUUCUGUUUACGCUGUAUUUGCAGAAACAUUUGGAUGGCCAGGGGAUUAUGGCUUAUACGCUUCAUCCUGGAACCAUUGACACGGAACUGGGCAGGGACCAAGACCCCGAUAUCCAAGCUCAAUUCAAAAAGAUGGGGCUGUACUGGAAGUCCCAAGAUCAGGGCUGUUCGACAACUCUGGUCGCGGCGCUGGAUCCAGCAUUGAGUGAAACCAAAGGAUUAUAUUUGGUGGAUUGUCAGAUCUCGGACCCAUACGAGCACGCCAAAGAUGCGGUGGCCGCGGGAAAACUAUGGAAGCUCAGUGAGGAUAUUAUUGGGGAGAAGUUCAGUCUGGAGGACUAA